GGCUGAACCGUGCUGCGCUGUCAAGUCCGCGGCGGGCCGACCUAUCCACUGGACCAUGGGACCCAUUCGAGAUCGCGCUGACGAGUCAGACCUACAGCUCCACCACCUCGAAGACUCGAGUAACCAACUAGACGAAAACGACUACGAGCCAUCCUCUUCAUCUGCGUGGAUGGGAAACGGUAGUAGUGCCAGCAGUUCCGCAGCGUCCUGCAGGGAGCCCGCCGAACGCAUCAAAUCAUGGAAGGGCCAAAUUCGCGACUACAUAAAGGUGCAUGGUGCCAAAUACGAUCGAUCGGGCCUUGUUCAUCAGCUGCUACCCAUCACUAAAUCACUCGCUUCUGUGUUGGCGCACACCCAUCCAUUAGCUGUUCAAGAAGGGUUUGAAUUCAUCACGAGUGUUGCGACAGAAGUUGGCGUGGAGGCCGUUCGGCCGCUGCUCGAGGCGACCAUCACCCAUCUCCUCCACGACACCAAAUGCUCCCAAAGCCAGUGCAUCACGUCCGUCGCUCGAUUUGCUUCGCUAGACAUCGUGUGCAUUGCGAAUUGCUUUAUCAGCCAUGUUCAGCUGAACGGUCGCAUGCGGCAGAUGUACUACCAUGUCCUUCGCACCAUCGUGGACGGGAAAUCAACGCUUGCCCUCAUGGAGGUUGACCAGUACGCCACACUUCUCUUUCUUCUUCUCGAGUGCCUCGAGAAUUUUCGCGAUCGAUUGCGCCAACAGAUCGCUGUCGUCAUGCAAGUUGCGCUGGACAAUGACAAGCUGAACGUGGUGUGGAACUCGCAAUGGGACCUCACGAUGAAACGACGAUGUAUGGCUGCCAUGCCUGACUGCCGCCGCAUCGCCAAGCUCUGGGCCCGCGACAACUAUUAUUCCUCGCCGCCGCAACCCUCUCGGCCGUCGACGACUCGACCAGCACAGGACCAGCCUCCAACUCCGUAUCGACGGCCAUUCACCGCCAUUGGCAAGACCUUGGACGACUCGGAUCUGUCGUCUAUUCAUUUCCAAGAGGAAUUUGAUGGUGCGAAAGACCCACGACAAGUACAAAACGCGGCGACCGUCGAAACCUACGAACCAACACGUCACCACUGCAAAACCAGCCCUGGCGCCCACUACGUCAUGUCCCCAGCAUCCGAGGCACCGGUACCUCCGCCUCACAAACGCCACACUGAAGCGCCACGCUCCGAAGCCGCGGCCAAGCGCCCGUCGCCGGCCAAGGUCUCAUGGGGAGCGUCGACGACGCCCAUACCGUCCAUCACAACGUCGUCGGCCUUCGCACCUGUCUCGUCGAGUACGCGACUGGGCAUGUGGUGGAGGCAGUACUACAACGCUGGCGGUGUCAUGUGGACGCUGGUGAUACUGAGUGUGGUCUUUGCGAUCUCGGGAGUCGCCCACGCCGUGUUGACGUUUUCGCAAGAUUUUGAAGCAUGGAAGGUUCGGAUUGCGUUGAGCGACUACCAUGCGAGUUUGGACCGCACGGAGCGAGAUAUUCAGCGGGCGAUGCGGCGACUCGAGGCGCUGACACGGGAAAUGGCGGAUCCGGCAGGCUCCAUGGCCGAAGCUUGGGACCAAGACCACAAGCUGGCACAAGCCAUCACCUCGGCAUGGCACUCAAUACAGCACGACGUCAUCUCAGCACCGUCACACCAUGACACAUCGUCGUCGCCAUCCCAGCCGUAGCUAGUGAAAGAAAUCCGUUUAUCCAACAUGUAAUGUAGCCAACUCAACGCUGGGCUUCGGCAGAUCGAAGCCAAGUGUCUUGGCCUGCACAUUGGUGGGGCGCAAGCAGCGUUUUCCGCGUAUGCCAUGCCGUCGCGCUGUCGCCAUGGAGUGCAAAGGAAGUAAGACCAAGAUGAACAUGACUCGAG